AUGGACUCGACACGCUCCGUCUCACAUACCAUCCAGGGGCAGAGCACCGCGCAGCCCCUCACGGCCUCGGCAGCCGUGGCAGGUACCGCGACGCCCCCCGAUGCCUUCGACCGCCUGCAGCCCGACCCUGCGUCGCAGGCGCAGAUCCUGCGCUCGUAUCAGCGCGACGCGGCACAGGUGGGCCGUCUGACCGAGCUCGUGAGCGAGCUGCUCCGGUCCCUGGCUGGCACGCGCUGGCUCGCCCACAAGCAGACGAUAGUCGACCUCGCCGUGCGCGCCGUCUACCUUCUCCUAACAUUUGGGCGGGGACGCCAGACGCUCGGGGAAGAGUAUACCGAUAUCAUGCCGGUCGCACACAAGCUUGCGCCGACACGAAGGCGGCGCUUACUCACCAUCGCGCUCCUGCUCCUCCCCACUGUGCUGACGUCUCCGUCGAUGUUGCACUACCUGCGCGGGGAUCCAUACAAUAAUUCCCGGUGGGCCGCGGCGAAGCGCCGCGUGGCAAAGUUCAUCGAGAGUCCCCUCGGUCAGAGCCUGCCCGAAAUCCACCUCGUCGUGUUCAUGUUUAGCGGCCGGUUUUACGAGUUUGCACGCCGUAUCACGGGCAUGGCGUAUAUCUCGGACAUGCCGCCCAUCCCCGCGGAGCACAAGCAGGCAUCAUACGAGCCUCUCGGCCUCAUCAUGGCCCUCCCUCUCCUCUAUCGCCUCUUCCCCCGAAACCUGGGGACUACGAGUGCUUCUCCCUCUCGCGCUGUCGCGGGGAGCAUGGAGGAGAAGGUCACGCAGCACGACUACAGCGGGACGGCGACGCCCAUCAGAAAUGCACCCGAGGACAGCGUGGUGGUAACGAACGAGGCCCAGUACGACGUUCCCAACACGUAUCUCGACCCGGAGGCGCUCGACCUCCCCGAGCGCCAGUGCACGCUGUGCCUCGAGAGCCGUGGGACAGGUGAGGGUAGUGGCGGCACGACGGCUGUCACCGAGUGCGGACACAUUUUCUGCUGGGGCUGCCUGGGUGGACUGGAUAAGAUGGAAUGUCCCCUGUGCAGGCAGGCGCUGCGGAUGGAGCGCCUUGUCCCCGCGUACAAUCUUUAG